GUAACUAUCUUGUCUACAAGUUGUUGGAAUAAAGUGCAUUGUAAUCUGUUAUUCACAGUGUCAUAAUCAAUUCAACCAUCUCUAUUAUCCUAACCGAAAUAAGGGAUCGAUCAUUUCGUGGCAUCGAUUCUAUAAUCGUAACGGGAAUUUACAACUCUCUUUGGCGCGCUUCCUCGCGAUCGCGUCUCUUCGCGAACGGUCGAACACAUGGUAUUUUCAUUAGACCGCCACAAAGGUCACUAUUGCCCUGUUGCGCCAGCGCAGCUCCGCGUUCGUCGUCUCCAUCGCUUUCCAAGCAACACCGCCCGCGCAAGCAGCUUCUGCUGUCAGACGAGGACAAGGAGUAAACGUUAUCUCCGGGCGACUGCGCUAGGCAGUUACUAUGGCGCUCAUCUCGAGUACAGUUGUCCCACGUGCGCGCUUCAUGAAAGUUUUUAAUACCAACGAAACUGAAGUAUUCAUGCACUCUUAAGCAUUGUAGUAGUAUCACAAAUUGUUGUGAAUAAACGUUUUCAAUAAAACCAAGUUAGCAUUCGUUUAUGAGUUUACAGCUUGUAUUCAUUCCAUCCUUUGCUAUUUAUAUGUCGUCCACUACAGCUGAUCGAAGAAAACCCAUAUAGACUAAACACGAAAACAUUGCGGGUUAACUAGUCGCAGUGAUUUAUCGUCUGUGCAAAAUGUACAGUCAACACAGGAAUGGGAAAAUGAUCGAUAAUUAAUAAGAAGUGGAUGGAAACAUCCGAUCGAAAAAAAUUUUCAUCUUUCUAUGAUGUCAAAAAAUAUUAUCAUGCUUCCGAUAUGUUAUUUUCCAAGGCGAUAUCUCAUGAUUCUUCAAUUUCACGUCUUUUUAAUCUUAUUACUUUUUCCAGGUAAAGAAUGUACUAUGCCGGAAGCAAGUCAGGAAGGAUUACUACAUUCGUUUAAAAGUUAUUCAGAUAUAGCCAUGUUUCAUUAUACAGUUCCAAAAGAGGUGCUUAGAGCUACUUGGCAGUUUGCAGCAUUUAUGGAUGGGCAAAAUUGCCCAGAAAGAAAAGUACAUAUAUACCUGCAAUGGGGCAGUUACCCUGUGAUAUCUAUAAAUAAUGAUACAUUUCCUAAUGAUAUGUAUCAUAAGCGUAAUCAUACCAUUAGAGUUUCUGCAAUUACAACAUUUGAACCAAAGACCACUGCGAUUAUACCAGUUUAUGGACCAGAAGCUGGAGAUUGGUUUGUUGGAGCAUAUUUGUCUCACUGGGAUGAGAAGGUUCAACAGCAGGGACUUGGCCAUAAAUGCCAUUACAGUAUAGGUUCUGUAGCUGUAUGGACACAAACCAAUAGUAUUGAAAAUAUUCCUAUUGGUUACCAACAAACAUUAAGAACAAAAGAAUCUACUUCUUACUACAAGAUAUAUGUCCCAUCAGGAACAUGGAAUCUUCGUGUAGAUAUUUGGGGUUGCAAUUUUACUGUGCAUAAAUCUCGUAAUGUACAUGAACUUUGUAUUAAAAAUAUGGCACUAAAAGGGCGUUCUUUGCCCGUUUUCAAUCACUCUGAAUCAUUUGAAACUGGAAAUUUAACUAUGCUGGGUUCAUAUACUUUUACAGAAUCUUCCCCUUAUGAAGAUAGUUAUUAUUAUUUAAUGAUUAUUUCGGAUAGUAUUAUUGAAGUAAAUGUGAAGGUAGUCACUUCAGAAUGCCCAAUUAGAAUAACAGAAAAAUAUUUUGUAAGACAAUAUUUGGAUGCACCCUUAUUUUCUAAAGCAUUAGCUCAAUUGCGCAUGAAAGAUUUAACAAAACAUCAUUCACAUCAUGGUGAAGAUAGAUAUAAUGAAUCAUUUUAUAAUGGAGAUGUUAUGAAAAAUCAAUUUCGUAUAUCAGAUGAAUAUUUUGAUGAUCCAUGUUUCCCAAGAUAUCAGCUUACUAGAAUUAAGCACUCACAAAUAUUUUCAGGGGUCUAUUUACUACAGAGUAGAGAAUGGUUAACUUCUUGGGUAAUGUUAACUGAUGUGCAUCCAGUAAUAACACAGUUUGAUAUUUUGCCAUUAAUUGAUAUUGGUGGUACACUUGAUAUAAGUGCUCAUUUGGAAAUGGAUAAAAUAGCAACAAGGCAAUUAGUUAAAGUUAUACUUUGCGUUCAGCGUGGGCGAAUUCCAGAUAGAAUUAAAAAUAAUAUUAUAUGUGAAAAUUCCGAAAUGUCAAUGAUCUUGUCUUCAUUUGAUAGACAUGAUGGAAAAUUAUUGAUACCAUAUCCACAACCAGACACUUGGUAUGUUAGUUUAGAUACAACAUGCUAUUUUAAUGGAAAACCUGUAAGUUGUGAAAUGGAAGAAAUUUUAGUAUCAUUGGAUAUACGAACUAGGCAAUGUGUAUUUGCUGGAAAUUAUCCAUGUGGUCAUCAUGGAAUUUGUCAAGAAGUUCAUCGUGAUAUUCUUUAUUAUACAACAUGCAAAUGUUUUGAAGGAUACAAAGGAUGGGGCUGCACUGAUGCUACUAGCGCCAAUCCAGAAUCUUCUCUUCUUAUAACAACAUUGAUACUAACUUUAAGUAAUGGUUUCUUCAUACCUGCUAUAUAUUUAGCUGUUAAGCGCGGAUUAUAUACUGAGGGAUUAGUCUAUUUGGCAACUAUGCUUUUUUCAUCUCUGUACCAUGCUUGUGAUCAACAUGUUAUGACUUAUUGUGUUGCUAAAUAUGAAGUUUUGCAAUACAGUGACUUUUUUUCAAGUAUAUUAGCAUUUUGGGUAACACUUGUUGCAAUGGCUGAAAUACCGAUUCGUUUUGUAUCGUUAUGUCAUAUGUUUGGAGUUCUAAUUAUAGCUUUUGGCGUUGAAUCCAAUAAAACAAGUUUAACUAGUAUAUUAGUACCAUUAGGAAUGGGCAUUAUGAUUCCAAUGGGGACAUAUGCUUAUCGUUGUUUUCACUUGAGAAGGCUGAAAAAGCCUGAUAGGAUCUCAAAGUUAUUAGCAGGAUUGACACUAGCUAUUGUAGGUUUAUUGCUCUUUUCUUUAGUUGAGACAGAAGCCAAUUAUCAGUAUGUUCAUAGUGCAUGGCAUAUGAUAAUAGCGAUCUCAUUGAUAUUUCUUUUACCACCAUCCCGGUUAGAACAAAUUGGUUCUUCGGGUACCAGCUCGUUUAGCGAUGAUAGUGAAUUACUUGAUUAUAAGGACACACCGGGUAGUCCAAUUUUUACGGUAACGAGUGGUCAGGAAAAUCUGGUAAUUGCAUCAAAUUGAAACUGCAGUAAAACUAGUUACUGUUCAAAUACCUCACAAUGUGUAAAGUGCCAUCUGAGAUUUCUCUUUCAUCCUAUGCCAAUUAUAUUACAAAUCUUAUUUUUACACUAUUACAAAAAGGCAGGGUGAUUGAUAAGAAGGAAUUCAUAUAAUGCAAAUCUUUGAAAGAUCUAUGUAUGCUAUAUUACUUAAGAUUUUAAACAAAUAAAACAUGUAGAAUGAACUUUUAUCCUGAAAAGUAUCAACAAUGUGAAUUGUAUUAUAAGUCUGUCACAAAUUCAGAGUGAACAUAAAUAAUAUAAUAUUUCGUAUCAAAUAAAAUAUAAGAGGGUAUAUAUUCCAUAUUAUGUCAGGUAGAUACUUAAUUUUUUAAUUUGAUUUCCUAUCAUUUCUUUUAAGUCGAAAAUAAAGCGAUAUAUAUUUAGAAAAAUUACGAGUACAGUACCCCGUCCAAAAUUGUAGCAAUAUCAUUAUUUUGAUAAUGAAGUGACAGAGGUUCUCGUUAUACAAAACUUUUUAAAUCAGUUUUUUAUUAUUUUUUCUCUUAAAAUGAAAUUAUUUUUACCUUUUAACACAGUUUUAAUAAUAUAAAAUUUCGCAUUAUAUAUAUUGCGUUCCAUUUGUACUGUAAAUGUUAAACAUCUUUCUUCUCUUGUCAAUUACAUCUACUACAUGUUCAUAUCGUUGCAAAACACAGCUGAAAUCAUGCAUAAUACGUCCUAUUCAGAGAUACGAAUGUAGAGAAAUCAUAUUAUAAAAAAGAUGUUUAGCAGAAAGGAAUAAGAUAUUUAAAGAAGGAAAUCUAUCAUUUCAAUAAAUCUGUUUAAAUAA